AUGUUUCUCUCUUCGAGGUGCUUGUUCGCGAGCUUUUUGCUAUUAUUCAUAUUAUUGAUUUCAAAUUCAUAUGCAUUGGUUAUUUGGGAAACUUUAGCCACGACCACUGCUUCUUCACCGACAGUUAAACAGCCUCAUAAACUUACACAUGAAGCCAAUUUGCACUAUGAUAGGAAACUUUCAUCAUCGGAAUCAGCAUCCACACAUUUAUUGGCUCUCUCGUUCAGUCUAAUUGCUGGAUUUUCUACGUUUAUUGGUGGAUUUAUUAUUGCAUGUAUUGGUAAGCCAUCAGAUUCAAAAAUUGGACACAUGAUGGGAUUUGCAAGUGGUGUCAUGAUGUUCGUUUCGGUAUUUCACUUAAUUCCUGAGAGUAUUGAAGAUAUUGGUUAUUUCAAAAGUGCAAUUUCUUUCAUUUUGGGAUGCGCUAUUUUCAUGUUCAUUAGCAAAACCUUACUUGGAGAUACUGAUCAAGAGGACUUUAUUUUACAACAUGCUACUUCAUCCAAAGAAAUUACAGAAGAUAGUCCCAAAAAGACUUUGAAAAAGAGUAAGGCUAGCGACCAAGAAAUUGAUUCUAAAGAAGACAUGUCUGACCAUGUGGAUCAAGAUACACAAAAGAGCACUCCAAAAACGGGAGCGUCCACACCAUCCACUUCAACAGCAACAUCCACAAAGCAACAACAUCUCAGCAAGAAAAGACUUUAUCACACUGCCAUCAUUGUCACACUUGGACUCUCCAUUCACAAUUUACCUGAAGGAAUGGCUGUCUAUACGUCCACCUUAACACAGUACAGACUUGGACUUAUGAUUGCAUUGGCCAUUGGUUUGCACAACGUGCCAGAAGGAAUGGCUGUAUCCAUUGCAGUUUACGCUGCCACCAACUCCAUCUAUCAAGCCCUCAAAUACUCUUUUCUAAGUGGAUUGUGUGAACCUAUUGGUGCUGCAUUUUUUGGCUUAUUAAUUUAUGUUGGAUUUUUACCUCAUUAUUUAGUGUAUUACAUGUUGGCUGGUUGUGGAGGAAUCAUGACCAUGAUUUGUUUCACAGAACUGAUACCGACAAGUUUGCAAUAUCUUUCAAUUGCUUUUUCACAGAAUCGAGUGUAUUCAUUGUUGCAUUGCCUGUUGGCACACAUUGUAGGAAUGGCUGUCAUUUAUUCUUGUAGCUGGCUCAUGGAACAAUAUGAACAUUGA